AUGGGAACCUGCGCUCCAAUCUGGCACGUAAUAAAUGAGGCCGACAAGAUGACUGAUUUUCUGACAAUCCUCGCUCUCGGCUACUUCAUGCCAGGCAGCUUAUUGAUGCACGCCGGACAGGAGGUCCUCCAGGUAGGUAGGGCCGAGACUUUUUCUGGUAUCGCAAUUAUGGAUAAAAUUCUUGCAAAUUCAAAGCAGAUACCUGCCAGUGCUUCAAAUUUUGGCGGGAGCCCUCGUAAGAUCGGUUUGACUUAG